AUGGCUUCUGAUCAAUUCACCGAUAAAAACACCAUUUUCUGGAAGCUCAAAUCCAGAUCAGAGAACAAGAUAUGUUUUGAUUGUAACGCCAAGAAUCCAACGUGGGCGUCAGUUACGUACGGUGUGUUCUUGUGUUUGGAUUGUUCGGCUACACAUCGUAGCCUUGGUGUUCAUAUAAGCUUUGUUAGGUCGACCAAUUUAGAUUCAUGGACUCCUGAGCAACUAAAGAUGAUGAGUUUUGGGGGUAAUAAUCGUGCCCAGAUCUUUUUCAAGCAACACGGGUGGACUGAUGGAGGGAAGAUCGAUGCCAAGUACACCUCAAGGGCAGCUCAGUUAUACAAACAUCUACUAGCAAAAGAAGUUGCAAAAAAUUCUGAACAAGUAAGCGUGCCAUCAUCUCCUACCGGUUCUCCUAGCUUUACACCCCACGAAUCCCCCAAAGAAAGCUCAUCGGUGAAUAAUGACACCAAUGUAUCAGCUCCAAAGAAACCUCCUCCAAAAACUAUUGCAACUUCGGUUAAGAAACCUCAGGGUGCAAAAAGAACUGGGAAGCCUGGGGGGCUUGGUGCAAAAAAGCUUAGUGCCAAGAAAAAUGAAAGCUUGUAUGACCAGAAGCCCGAAGACCCAGUUGCACAAGUGUCCACAUCAGCAAGUAGUAUACAGCAAUCAACUGUAACACCUCACAGCUCUCGUUUUGAAUAUGUAGAUACUUUUCAAGAUGCAGAGACAGGCCCUGAAGGCGUGAGUUCAAUCAGUCAUGUCACACCCCCUAAGACAACCAGUUUUUUUGGAGAUUAUGGAAUGGACAAUGGUUUUAUGAGAAAAAGUAGCUCAAUGAAAAUCCAGGUUUCAGAAACUGAUGAGGCAAGGAAGAAGUUCUCGAAUGCUAAAUCUAUAUCCUCUGUACAGUUUUUUGGAGAUCAGAAUAGAAUUAAUGUUGAUAGUCAACUUGCUCUGCAAAGGUUCUCGGGGUCAGCAGCCAUCUCAAGUGCUGAUCUUUUUGGUCAUCAUGAAUCACCAAAUUAUAAUGUUGAUCUCAAUGCUAGUGACCUUAUUAACCGGCUUUCGUUUCAGGCACGACAAGAUAUUUCAUCUCUAAAGAAUAUUGCCGGAGAAACAGGGAAGAAGCUUAGCUCCUUUGCGUCGACUUUAAUGAAUAAUAUCCAAGACAGAAUCCUGUGAUUAACGUAAAGUAGUCUUAAUCUUGUAAUUACCAAAUUUCGAAAUAGAUGUCGCGUAGGGAGCCAUGUGUAAAGAGGGAAGGUUUUGGUUAUAUGCAAAUAAGGUUUCAAAAUGCCUUUAUA